UCAACGAUGUUUGUGAUUGGAUUUAGAAAUCGUUUUUGUACGAUUUUCGAGCUUUUUACGUAUUUUCUAACAGAAAAAUAAUAAAAUGUCCAAUUACACUGACUUAGUAAAUAAAAUAGGUAAAGACAGCUCGAGAGCGGCGUGCAAAAAGUGUGGUUAUGCCGGACACCUAACCUUUCAGUGUCGAAACUUUAUAAAAGUUGACCCAAAUAAAGAAAUAGUUCUAGAUGUAAGCAGUACAAGCAGUGACAGUGAAGAGGAAUAUGCAACACCACUGCAGAGCUUAAGAGAGGCAGAGUUAAGACAAAAAUUGCAAGAAAAAUUGAACAAAGUGAAGCAGAAAAAGAAAUCUAAGAAAAGGAAGAGAUCUAGAUCAUCAAGUACAUCCUUAUCAAGUAGCAGUAGUUCAUCAUCAUCAUCAUCAGAAAGUGAUGAUUCAGAUUCACACAAAAAGAAAAAGAAAAAACACAAGAAAAAGUCUAAAAAAUCCAAGAAAUCUCAUAAAGAACAUAAGAAAAGUAGAAAAUAAAUGAAGAAUUGCACUUGAUAGCUUUUUAGAAAUGAGAACUUGGCCUUGCACAUUGUACAUGAAUUCCCCAUAGUAUAAAUAUUCCAUAUUUAGGUAUAGCAGUAAGUAAUUUGUAGCUUUUUUUCAACAAGUGAUAAAAGGUGCAAAGUAGUAAAGGAAGGCCUUACGUAAAAUAACGAUGUUUAAAUGCCAUUAAAAUUAAUUUAGGUUAAAUUGUUUUUAUUCAUAAGACUGAUGCAUUUAAUUGAAUGAAAUCAUUGAAUAUACAAUUUUUUUUACAUAUU